CAGCUGUACAGAACGCAUCAGUCUGCCGAGCGAGAUCGUAGAGUGCUGUGAGUCGCAUUUCGCCGUGUGAAAAACCGCCGCCGCCGCCGUCUCCGUCGACCAGCCGCCUCCAGGCCCUCGUCCGGCGGCCCCACGCCGCCCCCAGGUGUCCCGAUCGGGUAAAAUCAGCGAAAAAGCGUGAAAUGUGUGCGUGUUGAGGUUAGGUGUGUCGAUAAGGGCGAGAAUCGCUCAAGCCGGCCGUGCAUUGCUUUUGUUUUCACGGUAUUACUUAACUUAAAUCGGGGUGCAUCGAGUGGCCUGUGGAAAUGAGUAGUGACGUUUUGCGCAAGAGGAAAAGUGGAGUUUUCGCACGGUUUGGGGGAAAUUAGGUUAAACAGCGAUGGAUCCUCCUCAAAAGCACGAGAAGAUCAAACUUGUCGAGAUAAACUCAUACUUGACCUGUUAUCUCUGCAAGGGGUAUCUGAUCGACGCCACCACCAUAUCGGAAUGUCUGCAUUCGUUUUGCCGCAGUUGCAUAAUCAAGUUCCUCCAAAAGAACUGCUACUGUCCGGUGUGCGAAGUCAUCAUCAACAAGGCCAAGCCUUGUCUCAAAUUGGAUAAAACUCUACAAGACAUUGUUUAUAAACUGGUUCCGGGCCUUUUCGUCAACGAAAUGUACCGACGUAAGGAAUUUUAUCAAAACAGGCCCGGACUAGCACCGAAAGUGUCCCCCGAGGAGCGUGGCGAAGACACCGAACGAACAAUUUUCAAUCCUCAAGACGCCAUAAGUCUUUCAAUCGAAUAUAUCAGUGAUGAUUCGGCCCCAGGUGCCAUACCAUCACUACCAACCAACACCGAACAACCCCACGACAACCCCAUGAAGAGAUAUCUUCAAUGUCCGGGGAUGUGUCGUAUCGAAGUUUUGAAGAAAUUCGUCAGAAAUAAAUACAAUGUCGAUACGAAUCUCUUUCAUAUCGAUAUUUUAUAUAAGAGGGUGCCCUUACCUGACCAUUACACCCUCAUCGAUAUCGGUUACAUCUAUUCGUGGAAACGAAACGAACCGAUGAAAUUCUUCUUCCGUAUCACUGAUAUCAACAAAGUGACCGAACGCUUCGACUAUUUCGACGGCCGGACGACGCCGGAAGUCGUCCAUAAACCACUCAAGGUCAAGGAGAAGAAGCCCACUCACGUGAAGAAAGAGAAGUGCUUCAAACCAAUCAAAGUGUCGAGUCCAAAACCGGUUAAAAGUGAAGUGAAGUGUUUCAAACCAGUGGCGAGUCCAAAACCGGUCAAGUGUUUCAAACCGGUUAAGAGUGAACUUGGCGCGAGUCCAAAACCGGUUAAGACUGAAUUUGGCGCGAGUCCAAAACCGGUCAAGUGUGAAGUGGCGAGUCCAAAACCGGUUAAGUGUGAAGUGACGAGUCCAAAACCGGUUAGGUGUUUCAAACCAGUGGCGAGUCCAAAACCGGUUAAGUCUGAACCGGAACUGAAAACUGGCAAAAGUGACGAAGUGCGUUUAAAACCGGAAAUAACCGAAGAAAUAAAAACGAAAAUUCAAAACGGUGACUCGGUCUAUACGAACAUAACGUUGAAUCGUGACGAUAACGUGGAAAUUAUCACAAAAAUACAAAAAGUGUCGAAUAAAGAAGGCCAUCCUAUCGGACUUAAUAUCAUAAAUCAUACGGUGAAGAAAGUACAAAACGAUAAGUUAGUUCCUAGUGUUGACGCAAAGACUGAGCAAGAAAACAAACAAAAGGAAGAUUUUCUCAAAUCGAUCGAACUGACGGCGAAAAGUUCGCUCGAAAAGAAAGAAACUAAAGCCCUCCCACCCCAGCUCCCCCCAGCCCCCCUUCCGGUAACGCCUUCGUCCUCCUCCCAAAAACGGAAGAAUUCAAGUCCAAUGAAAAACGACAAGAAACCGAAAAUCGAGAAAAAACCCAUGAAAAUCAUCAUCCAACCAAAAUCCAUCCAAAACCCGACCGUGCGCCAAAUGGUGACAAACGUCAACCAAAACGUCAACAACAUGUCAAAAAUCGUGGAACAAACGAACAAACAAACCGACCUCCAAUCCCUCAUCAACAACUGCAAAAUCAACAUACCGGCCUCCCUCUCCAUAACCUUGAACGAGGGGGCCGACGGGGGCGCCCGCACGCCCCCCUCCAUCCCCCCCGUGAAAAACUACAUCGAAAUCCUGAAAAUUGAAGACAAGGACAAGAAACAAACCCCGACAUUUCAGAAAAUCUUCGAGGAAAGCAUCAAAAGUAAAUCGCCGCCUUCGGCGGACAAACCCGCCCCCCUUGACCUAACCAGCGACAACUCCACCACCCCCAAGCGCAAGAUCCUCGAGAUCGCCUCCCAGCUGUCGAAGAAGACCAAAGUUGAGCCCCAGCCAGAGAGCAAGUGCGAGGAUGUCGGGGGGAAAAUCGCCAUUCCGCGGCUGGCGACGCAGAGGACUUUGAAGCCCCCGUCCAAGACCAGCGCCAGCAUGCACUCGCCCAGUCUGGGCUUGAACUACACCGUCUCCGUGGGGCAGGCCAAGGGGGGCAAGGGGGCGCCGUCGACGUCCAAGGCGCUCAGUCCGAACCAUUUGCUCGAGAAGUACAAUAUACAGAAUCUGGCGCAGUUGACGGCCAGUUUUAAUUUUAACGGGGGCUUUGGGGCGCUGCAGCAGGCCAUGCUGCUGAAGCAGAUGGAGCAUCAUAGUUGGCUGAAUCAAGGGCCGCUGUUGCAGUACGAGAAGUAUUUGCAGAGUUUGAGUGCGCAGAGCAAGCUGAUGGGGAAUAUCAAGGAGAAUUGACGGCGGGUUGUUGGAUUUUGUUAGUUUGAGUUUUGGCAACUUCGUUAAUGUUGUGUCCUAUUGUUAUUUUCGACAUUUUUAAAUCAGUUAUUAUGAGAGGUUUCAUUGUAUUAUAAUGUAUGUAAAUUGUAGAAUUAUAGACUCUAAGGGAAAUGUAAAUUAUUUUACAAUUUUCAUUAAAAAAUUUUUGAAAA